AUGUCUCCCAGUCCGCUGGAAGACCGGCUGGCCACGCUGCUGGAGAAACGGCGGGCUCAGUCCCGACUGCGAAGCCUCAAGUCCAGUCCGGCCGGGUCGGUCGACUUCUCGUCCAAUGAUUUCCUCUCCUUGUCGACCAACCGGGACUUCCAGCACGAGUACCUGGCCAGCCUCAACCAGAGCCACACCCCUCUAGGCUCGACGGGAUCCCGACUUCUGGAUGGCAAUUCGCAGUACGCCGAGAGCCUCGAACGCGAGAUUGCAGCCUUCCACGGCGCCCCGGCCGGACUACUGACCAACUCGGGCUACGACGCCAACGUCAGCCUUUUCACCUUCCUUCCGCAGAAGGGCGAUGUGGUUGUCUACGACGAACUCAUCCACGCCAGUGUCCACGACGGCAUGAAGCAGUGCCGAGCCAAGGACCAGAUCCCCUUCCGACACAACGACGUGACGGACCUGAAGCGCGUCCUGGCCCGCCUGGCCUCCCCUGCCAGCGCACAUCGAACCGUCUUUGUCGCCGUCGAGACCGUGUACAGCAUGGAUGGAGAUCUGGCCCCGUUGACCGAGAUUGUCGAGCUGUUGGAGGCCAUGUUCCCGGCCCACAAUGCCCACCUGGUCGUCGACGAGGCUCAUGCCACAGGCAUCUACGGGCCCAACGGGUCAGGAAGGGUCUGUGAGCUCGGCCUGGAAAAGCGCGUGUCCAUCCGUCUCCAUACCUUUGGCAAGGCUCUCGCAUCCAACGGCGCCAUCAUCCUUUGCUCUCCCGUCAUCCGCCUCUAUCUCAUCAACUACGCCCGGCCGUUGAUCUACACCACUUUCAUGUCCUACCCCAACCUCGUCGCCAUCAAAACCGCAUAUACUUGGCUGCAAAUGGGCAAAGUCAACAUGCUGGCAGCAAACCUCUUCCGUCUGAUCAACCAUUUUUACACCCGGCUUUUGACCCUGACCACGCUGGCCUCGGAAGCCACUGAUGAGUCUGGGGUGCCGCUGGUCGUGCUUCCCACCGCGUGUCCGGAAUCUCCCAUAUUCGCCCUGAUGAGUGGCCAUCCCAGGUCUUUGGCCUCGCACUGCCAAGCCGCCGGCUUUAUCGUGCGCCCGGUCGUCGCUCCAACUGUGCCCCAGGGCACCGAGCGAGUGAGAGUGUGUCUGCACUCGGGAAACACCAUCGAGCAGAUCGACAGCUUUAUUGAAUGCGCCAAGACAUGGAUCUUGACUGAAAGCUCUGGUACUGGUACUACAAGUAGGCGCUCCGUUCAGGAUGAAAGACAGUUACUCGCCAAAUUAUGA